AUGUCUCAAUCCGGUAUGAAGCAUCGAUGGUCGAAGGAUGUGGCAUGGGCGUUGAAGAAUAAGUUCAACCUGCAAGGAUUCAGAAACAACCAGCUCGAGGCCAUCAAUGCUACCCUAAGUGGACGUGAUGUGUUUGUACUCAUGCCUACGGGAGGUGGUAAGAGUUUGUGUUACCAGCUGCCUAGUGUCAUCGAUUCUGGGAAGACCAGGGGAGUGACGAUUGUGAUCAGUCCCCUCAUCUCAUUGAUGCAGGAUCAGAUUGAGCACCUUCUUGAGCUGAACAUCAUGGCGGUGGUCAUCAAUGGUGAGAUGUCACCUGAACAGAAGAAGUUUGCGUUUGGGCAAUUGAGGGAAGCUGAACCAGUUGUGAAGAUGUUGUAUGUUACGCCUGAGAUGGUCUCGAAGUCGCCGCAGGCGCAGUCGAUUAUGGAGCAGUUGUAUCGCCGGAAGAGGUUGGCUAGGAUUGUUAUUGACGAAGCACAUUGUGUCAGUCAAUGGGGUCACGACUUCCGGCCUGACUACAAAGAGCUGGGUCAAUUGCGGCAGAGAUUUCCAGAUGUGCCUUGCAUGGCAUUGACGGCUACGGCGAAUAUGGCUGUGCGGACAGACGUCAAGCACAACCUGGGUAUGGAUGAAUGUGCAUUCUUCACACAGAGUUUCAACAGGCCGAACUUGACUUACGAAGUCCGGCCGAAAACCAAAGAUAACGUUGGCGAGAUGGCGCGUGUUAUCAGCCAGAAGUAUCGAGGGAAAUGCGGGAUUAUCUAUUGUCUGUCGAGGAAGAUGUGUGAGGAUGUCGCGACGAAGCUCAGGACCGAGUAUCGCGUAAAGAGUCAUCAUUAUCAUGCUGGUAUGGAUUCAGCUGAGCGUGCGCAGAUCCAGCAGGACUGGCAGAGCGGACGUUAUGAUGUUAUCGUCGCCACCAUCGCGUUCGGAAUGGGUAUCGAUAAAGCUGACGUGCGCUUUGUCUUUCAUUUCUCAUUACCGAAGUCGCUUGAGGGUUACUACCAGGAGACUGGUCGUGCGGGCCGUGAUGGGAAUCACUCUGAGUGUACGCUUUUCUACUCCUUCAAGGACAAGAUCAUGCUUGAACGUCUCAUCGACCAGUCCGAAGGUGCGCGAGAACAGAAAGAUAGGCAAAAAGCCAUGUUGAGGCAGGUGAUUCAGUUCUGUGAAAACAAAACUGAUUGUCGUCGAAAGCAAGUUCUUGCAUACUUCGGUGAGACGUUCGAUGCGAAGGAAUGUCGUCGAACCUGUGAUAACUGCAGAGAGGGGAGCAAGUUUACUGAACGUGAUGUUACGGACCUGGCAAAGAGUGCGUUGAGCAUCGUGCAGGCAGUGUCGAACAGCAAGUGCACGUUGCUUCAGUGCAUGGACAUCUUCCGUGGAAGCAAGACCAUGAAGAUCGUCGAUAAUGGUUGGGACAUGCUUGAAGGUCAUGGCGCUGGUGCAUCGUUGUCGAAGGGUGAUGCAGAGCGACUGAUGCACAAUCUUGUUGCAGAGGAAGCGAUCAGAGAAGAGUGCGUUGCAAACAAAAUGGGCUUUGUUAUGGCGUAUGCGGCAAUU